AUGGAGUUGCGCUUGCACUCGCCAGCAGGAGCGGAACCGAUCGUGUACCAGUGGCCUCUUACCUCUGGAUCAGGCUCUGAUCGUCAUGAUGGAGCACUGGAUGUUAUCGAAACUAUGCGAUGGGUUUGCGAAGAUUUGCCAGAUUUAAAAUUACCCUUAGAAAACAAUAUCCUCUGUGACUAUGAUCCAAGAGACUACGAAAGUAUGAAAAGCUUGUGCGAUAGAUUUAAUAGAGCCAUCGAUAGUUUAGUACAAUUGGAAAAAGGCACCAGUCUGCCAUCCCAGAGACUAAAUAAGAGACCUAGUAGAGGAUUACUUCGUCAUAUACUUCAACAAACUUAUAAUCAAGCUGUGGUUGAACCAGACAAGUUAAAUCAAUACGAGCCUUUUUCACCUGAGGUCUAUGGCGAAACAAGUUAUGAGCUUGUAUGCCAGAUGAUUGAUCAGAUUGACGUAACAGAGGACGAUGUUUUCGUAGACCUAGGUUCUGGAGUUGGCCAAGUUGUUCUUCAGAUGGCAGCUGCAACUUUAUGUAAAAUUUGUAUCGGCGUAGAGAGAGCUGAUGUACCAUCAACAUAUGCACAGAGUAUGGAAAUAAAUUUUCGAAAAUGGUUAAAUUGGUAUGGGAAACGGUGCGGAGAAUAUCGUUUAAUAAAAGGAGACUUCUUAGCCGAUGAACAUAGGGAAAGUAUAACCGGAGCUACUAUAGUGUUCGUUAAUAAUUUUGCAUUUGGCCCAACGGUUGAUCAUCAGUUGAAGGAACGCUUCGCAGAUUUACGGGAUGGCGCACGUAUAGUGUCCUCAAAAUCGUUUUGUCCGCUAAAUUUCCGAAUAACGGACAGGAACUUGAGUGAUAUUGGAACGAUAAUGCAUGUUUCGGAGAUGUCACCAUUAAAAGGUUCCGUCUCUUGGACUGGUAAGCCAGUGUCGUAUUAUUUGCACGUAAUCGAUCGAACGAAAUUAGAACGUUAUUUCCACCGCUUAAAAAACAAUAAACAAGGUGGCUUAGAUGAAAACUCUGAUUCUGUGAUAAGCAACACUGCCAGCAAUAGUAGUAAGAUUUCUAAUAGGAAUGAAAGAGGUGACAGAGCCAAGAGAGAUCUUUCGAGACAAUUGGAUAGUCCGAAUCAUUCAGAGCAGCAAGGAACAAAUAGUGACUCCGAUCUAGACGACAGCACUAUUAAAAGUCGUCGACAGCCAAAUAAAAUACGGAGGAAAUUCAAUCGAAAAACUACGAAUGGUAUUACGAGAGCUCCAGCUAGAGGUAGACAAAGGGGAAGAGGCGUUAAGAGAGCCAAACCUAAGAAGGCAAUCAAUAUAUCUGGACUAGAUUUGUUACAUAGUCAGACUUUACUCAGUACGUCACCUCAAGCUCUUGGGAAAAAGCCUCCACCUGCUCCUGGUUGUGUAGACCAACAACUGUCUUCAUUGUCACUUUCAUUGCAAUCGCAUUCCACUUCAGUGCAUGAAGAACUCAGUAUACCACCCGCUCCGUCCGCGACUCCUUACGCUUUACAAAUACUUCUGGACUUGUAUAGGGACCAAUUUAUGCUUAUGUUAGAAUCGAUGAGAACUCCCACUUACAAGUUAUCUGUCAAUACGGAUAUUGCAAAAGAAAGGGAAAAGAACUCCAAGCUUCAGUCGAGAGCGGCGCAAUUGGAAAAACAAAUCAAAGUGUUGAUAGAUGAUAGUGUAGCUCUCUUGAAAGCAAGAAUGACUGAAUUAGGUAUCAAUGCUACAUCACCUGGGGAUUUGUUGGCGAAAGCCAAGGAAAUAGUUCUAAGACAUAAACAGCUACAGGCUAAAGCGAGCAAAUUACAAGCGCAAGUGGCAUCAAUGGAAACUGAACAAAACAGAUUAGUGGCGCUUAGACAUCAAGAAUUACAGGAAAAAUAUAAUGGUCAUGCAAAUGCAAAUGGCAUAAUAAGUUUACAUCAACCGCUCACCGAGGAUUACUUAUUAAAAGAAAUUUCCGCCACUCUUUCUCAGCGUAAACGAUUACAUUCUCAGGUUUCAAAGCUAGAGCAUGAAUUAAAUGUAUUGGAAAGAACAAGUAACGAGAAGCAAGCCGCUGCUAUUGCUCAGCAACAAAAAGACGCGAUUGGAAGUAAACAUUCGCAAAAUUUACAUCAUAGUAGUCAGCAACUAAGUAGUAAAAAUGGAGCAGCGCGUAAAAGUAGGGAAGGUCGUUCGAGAUCGCAGGAAUGGCCUGACGUUCCGGACAUAGGAAAGAUACAAGAGAAUAAUCCAGAAAUAUUAGCGCAAAAGAUUUUAGAAACGGGAAGACAGAUAGAAGCGGGUCGUAUACCAAGCAGACAAAGCAGCAAUAGUAAUUCCAGAACUAGACUGCCACAGGCUUCUCUCACUUUCUCCACAUCAUCUUGUAUAUUAGCCACACAAUCGCAGAUGGCCAAUACAGACAUAUCGAAUAGAAUUCAAGAGCCUCCUAGAGUCGCCAAUUUUGAGGAUAGACUGAAAAGUAUCAUCACAAGUGUAUUAAACGAAGAUCAACAAAACAGGAACAAGCAACAACAGAUGCAAUUGCAAGUGCAAUUGCAAAGUCAGUCCGAAUCCGAGAGAAAGCGUGUUCCGUUACCACAGAAUGUUUCUACUCCGGAUUAUACUCAAGUUUCACCUGCAAAGCUAGCAUUGCGCCGUCAUCUCUCGCAAGAACGUCUCUCAUCGACUCAUUUGACCCCGUCUGAUAGGUCGACAAUCGAUCCUAGGCAACCAUCGAAUUAUGACAAUCGGCUUGUAGCGAGUGGAAGUGGAUUACUCGGUACAAGGACGAUUGGUGAUCUCGUCAGUGGAGAAAUAGAAAGAACUCUGGAGAUAUCCAAUCAGUCAAUAAUAAAUGCCACCGUUGACAUGAGCGCAAUCAUGAGACCCGAAACUGUAUACUCUCCCAUUAGUAGGCCAGCAAGUGCCGAAGGAGAUGCUGGAUUGUCAACGUUGGCGCAUGUAGCUAGCUACGUGCCUACCUCUUCGGGAACUUCUACCUCCACACCCACGACUAGUUCGAGAUCAUCUGUAGUUUUCACUCCGGUAACGCAACCACAAAGAUAUACACCGGUUCAAUUGCCGCGAGCAGAUAUUAAGCCCUAUCACGAGUCUUACUUUUCGGAUAAUCCAUCUCAGUCGCUCAUACAAUCACAUUUGGCAGCGUCACCUUUACAUUCGUCUCAGAACACAUCGAAUGGAGAAUUGUUACCUGUAGAAGGGCUCGCAGCAUCGUUGCACGCUCGAAUAUUAAAUCACAAUGGUAGCGGCAAAACCGAAUUGACUCUUUCCGGCAGUAGAAGAUAUCAGCCAUAUCCGCGAUACCCAACAAGCAGUAAUAAUAAUGGAAACGCACCGAUGAUAAAUAAUACGAUAAAUGCAGCUUGUCAAUCACAACCAUUGAUAUCAAUAAAAACGGAAGCGAUUGUAUCAUCGGUAAGCACAAGCGGAGCACCUCUAAGUCCUCUUGUGGAACCACAUUCUAAUACUUCGACGCCACUAGUCGAUGAACCCCAAAUGACAACGCAAAGACAACGAAAUGCCGUUGGAGAUGACGAUGGAGAAGCUGAUUGGCAAGAUCGUAUCAGCUCAGGAUUUGAUCGUUUGGUCGCGUUUGCUUCCACAGAAUUGGAUAAACGUAGACGAUCGACAGAAGGAGUAAAUACAAGUCCCGAUAGUGGAUUAGGUUCGGAUAGCGUCGUAACAGGGCCACCACCUGUAGUACCUUCUCCUGACGAAGCGAUUGGACCGCCGAGAACACCUUCUCCGACAAGCCCCCGUCCUGCAAAUUCAUCUAGUAGUAAUCCUUUGAAUGCAACAUCUUCCUCAGUACCUUUGAAAUACCAACGACAACUAGAUCCUGAACGACAUCACUUUAAGAAGAAGUUUUUUCAUCGUGAUUGGAAUAAUUCUGCGAGUACCAGCAAGUUUCGUCCUAAAGGCAAAGAUUGGGAUUGGAACCAUUCCGGGCAAUGGCCUUCGAAUGACGAACAAUCCUAAUUUUACCUACAUUGUACGAAAGAUAAUUUUUAUACAUUAAUGAUGAGAAAUUUUGCUUUUUCUUUCGAGGUGAGGGAAAUAAAA